AUGUCCUUGCCAACGACUUCCCUUCCUGAGCACCAGCUGGCCCGUGACAGGGCCCGCGAGCUAGUCGAGGAAAUCACGCAUUCUCACGGCUUCCUUGAUGAAACUACCCUCUCAAAAAUGGAACCAGGUGUGCGGCGUAAGGUUGAAGAAGCGAUGCUAAGGAAGGAUGAGAUGAUUGGGUCCUCUGUGAUCACAUUGGCAAAGAAUUUAUACAAUAGUAGCGCUCGAUUUGUAUUCGAACUUCUACAGAACGCCGACGACAAUUCAUAUUUUAAAGCCAAGUCAUUGUCUGCCGUUCCCUUUGUGUCUUUCCACGUCUACCACCGACGGAUUGUUGUGGAGUGUAACGAGGAUGGAUUCACGCGAGAGAACUUGACGGCUAUUUGCAAUGUUGGUAAAAGCUCAAAGACUGGUGCUCAGGGGUAUAUUGGAGAGAAAGGUAUUGGAUUUAAGUCGGUGUUCAUGGUGGCAUGGAAAGUUCACAUCCAGUCGGGAAACUUCUCAUUCUAUUUCCAGCACAGAAUGGGCGACUCGGGAAUGGGGAUGAUAACCCCCGUCUGGGAAGAUGCAGGAGAAAGUUUGGCUCGUCCUCUGACUCGCAUUACUCUUUUCCUCCAUGAUACCGGUUCGAAUGAGAUACUGGAUAGACAACAGGGGACAAUUCUUGAGCAAUUCCGGGAACUUCAAGCCACCUUUCUGCUAUUCAUGAAGAAUCUCCAAAGCAUUGAGGUUACGAUGUACGACAGUAAUGACGUGCGAAUUUCUUCCACGGCAUUCUCAAUGGAGCGCCAAGACCAAAAUCAAGUCAAGUUGAAAAGAAGGACGAUGGAGGUUGGAAACAUCCGGGAGCAUACACAACACUACCACAUAACCAAAGAUACUGCUUCAGGCCUACCGAAGAGCGAGAAUCGCACAUAUUCUGUCACGGAGCUUUUACAUGAAGCAUACGCAACUGCUGAUGUUGUCCUAGCCUUCCCUUUAACGCCGGACCUUGUUCCAAUUGUUGAAGCACAGGAUGUGUUUGCUUUUCUUCCGAUAAGGAAUAUGGGCUUUCCAUUCUUGAUGCACUCUGAUUUUGUCACCGACGCAAGUAGACAAGAUCUUGUCAGAAACUCGCCUCGCAAUGAUAGGAUACUCAGAGCUGUCGGUGAGGUUUUUGUCAAAGCUGUAUCACAAUUCUGCGAGCACGCAACAAUGCGCUACCGGUGGAUGCGAUAUCUUCCAAGCAAUGAGAACCAUUUUCGGGAUGCGUUUUGGACAACUUUGACAAACGCCAUACAUGCCUGCUUGCGAAGAAAUUCGGUGCUUUGGACAAGAAGUCACGAGAAACUACGCUCCAUAAAACAUAUGCGUCGGGUUCCCCAAAAUAUGCUGGAUGAGAACGGAGAGCCUUUAUUUCCUGAUACAGAGCCGGAAGAAUAUCUCGCUCCCGAGUAUUCGGCGAAGGAUUUGGACGCACUGAAAUAUUAUGGUCUUCGCUGGAUGGAUAUAGAUGGAUUUCUCGUUAGGGCUCGCAAAGACCUUGACCAACAGGAAUCUUCCAUUAUAAAGUCUCCUGAGACUGGCGACGAUUGGCAUUCUCGUGUUGCAAAGAUUUUAUUUAAUUCCUGGCCUAACCGGACUAAAACGAUGAAGAGCCUUGCGCUGAUCCCUACAAAGAGGGGUCAGUGGAAAUCUGCAAGCGACGCCAAUUUCGCAUCGAUAUAUUAUCCCCAUGUGAAUGGAUAUCAGAUCCCCACAAACCUAGAUUUAAACUUGCUUGAUUCGGAAGCAGCAAGAAAUCCUGACCGAAAACGGCUCUUCGAUUGUCUUGGUGUUCAGGAGCCACGAGUGUCCCAUAUUCGACAUGCGAUCACGACCCACCAUAGCAGUCACGAUGUUAUCCUGCGAAAUAAUCGAAUGAACUUGGAAUUCCUUUACCUUACUGCACACCUUAACCAGGAUAGCGACUAUCCACAUGCCUAUUACAAAAUCAAACUAUAUGACCACAUGCACAGGAAGCGAUCACCAGAGGUUUAUACUUUCUACUUUCCAGGUGAUGACCCAUACGGCGCCCAGCAACUCUUAAAACCAGUGGGUCCUGGGAAGUCGUGUAAUGGUGUCCCGGACCUUGACGUGUCAUUUCUUCAUAGCGAUUACAUGUCCUGCUUUUCGGCCCAGCCGGAUGAGGAAAAUCGCACCUGGGGAGUGUGGCUAAGUCAAAUGCGGUAUGUUCGGGAUGUAGUCCCACUGACUCGCAGUGGAUGUCUGAGCGAGGAAUGUCUCUACGUGGCCAGACAGCGCCCAGAUAAAUUCCUAGGUUUCCUUCUAAGGUACUGGAAGUCCGAAGGGAGUAAUGUCACUGAAAGCCAAGCCCUGAUUCACGCGCUACUAAGCGUCGAGGUGCUUUGCGAGAAUGGCAGUAUGCAUCCGCUCGGAAGUACAUACGUGCACACGAAACAACUUGAGUAUGCUGACAGAUUCAUUCAAAACGACCCUUUCCCAUGGUUGAAGCAAGACGCGUCGUUAAGCGAUGUCUCAGGGCUGUCUGAUCUGGAAGUCUUGACAAGUGCGUUAGGAUUCGGCUAUCCCAAGUCCGAGCUCGAGUUCUAUCUUACACUUCUGCGGUUUAUUAAGAAUGCAAGCGAAGAUGCCGGUAGGUUAGCAGAUGUCGGUCGAGUCUAUGAAUUGUACGGUCGAAUUCAAAGUCGGUAUCACGAGUCUGUGGAUACAUUCUUUUCUCGCAAAGCAAUACUGGAAACCUUCAGAUCAGAAUCUCUUAUUUAUAUUCCUGACUACUUUGGCAACGAUGUGCAGUGGACUUCACCAGAAUGUUGUCUGUGGGAGGCACCUAAAGAUAUGCUUGAGAAAAUCCCAUUGAAAUGGAGAUAUGACAGUGUCAAGAAUACAAAGCACUUUGUCGAGCUCUUUCGAGACACGCUAGCAAUACCAGAUGCUGGCAUAUAUGAUUUCUUGGACGAGCUGGAGGCGCUGAGUCAGGAUGUUGAUUUUCCGCACCAUCAAGUUAUCUACGAGUUAUACCAAGGACUGGAACUGAGGCGGACAGAGAUGGACAUUGAAAUUGUCAAAGAAAUCCGGGAACGCUUUGAACGUCGUGAACUCAUAUAUUACGAAGACAAAGAUGUCGCCGACUGGUACAAACCUUCCGAAUGUCUGUGGUCGACCGUGACUGACAUUCAGGGAAUGGUGACACUGAAUGACAUGUAUGAAGACAUGCAAGGCUUCUUCGUUGAACUUCUAGGUGUUCGUACCUUGACAUUCGAGAUGGUCUAUGAUAAGUUGGUCGAACAAGCAUCCGGAGGAGCAUCUAUCCAGGAUGUCAAGGAAACAAUCUGGCUGCUCAAUUCGUAUCUCCAGGAUGAGGAGGUACCCACUGAUCCUAAGCGACUAAUAGAACGCAAGGUGUUUCCGGUGAGGUAUCUUAAUGGCACUGUCAACUUGUGCAGCUCCAAGGUUGAUUUCGCUAUCAAAGACCGCAAGCACCUAUCCGAUUUAUUUUCUGGUAAAGCCAAGAUCCUAGACUUUGAAGUCAACGAUAUUCCACGAUUAGAGCCCUUCCUCCGGUGGACCGGGCUUGAAGCGCGCUAUCUGUCGUCCUGUGUCAAAGAAAUAUCUGGCCUAUGUGAUAAUUAUCGCCAAUCUCUGACUUUUCCCAAUAGAAAAAUUGCACGGAAAGCCCAUGCUUUGCUCCGAAUCGCAGUGCACUUUAGGAGCCCCCGUGCUAUUGAGGACGAGAAGGCAUUUUAUGACCUACUUCAAAAAAUUGACGUUCGUGAGACAGAUGGGAUCAUUUCUGAGGUACAUCUUAACCAGGACGGAAACGAUAUUUCAGUUGAAGUCAGCCGGAGUGAGUUGCACCUCCAGGAAAACAAAGAUGGACUCACGAUCUUCAUGCCCCGAGAAAAGCAAUCUCAAUACCUCUGCUUUCUUGACAGGAUACCAAGGGCUCUUCUGGAAUGGAUCAUGACGAAUCCUACUACUGGAAUAUGUGAGCCCUAUGAUGAGAAGGCUGUAAAUAUAGUGCACACAGUCCUACAAGCACAGGCUCCAUAUGCUGCAUUGAUCCUUGACAGAGCCGGAAUCUUGUCAGUUGAGACUCCUGAUGAUCAAUCCGAUGCCGAAUUCGAAAUUACUACCCCUACCAGCCAAUCAUCUGCCGAACAAAGCAAUGUUGCACAAACGCCUGAAUUAUCUACUCUUACAGCUGAUGUCAACGAAUUUACUACCACCUUUUCAAGAGCAUUGCACGCUCCCCCACGUCUAGUGAGCCACCAUGACGAGACUCCUCGAGGAACACCACUCCCCCAUAAUUUCUUAUCAUCAAACUCCCAACCGGCCAAUCAACUUAUAGAUUCGACGUACCGUGGGCUUCUUCAUCAUGUUGUUUCUGCCGCCAGGGAAACUGUUUUCCCAGCUAUCAGUCACUCUCUUGAUUCGUUUACUACUGGUAACCAUAAUGAAGACUUCUGGGUUGGUACAAUGGAAAAAGUUGAACGUGACAAAAAAAUUGGUGCGGCAGGAGAAUUGUUUGUUUUCGAAGUACUAUCUCGUCUAAAUCCGGCUCUGCCAGGAUUUUCUGUAGAUAAUUGGGAAAGUACUAUACGGAAAUACGUGAGACUUCAUGAUGAGUACUCUGAUAUGCAGCCAUGGCAUGGCCGGGAGACGGCAGACUUCACAUAUACCGACACCGGUGGCGUCUUCACCUCCCUGCUGAUCGAAAAGGGAUACUUGUGUCCGAAUAUCUGGUCGGGAAAACGACCCAAGUAUUAUCUUGAAGUAAAAUCCACUACUAACUCCUGGGAUGCCCCCUUUUACAUGAGCAAGUACCAGUAUCAGAGGGCGCAAAAUAUUUCCCAUGUUCCGUCAAAUUCUGAGCAUUCUGAUCAUAUCUCUGGAAAUAUUGAUGCCAUCUAUGUCAUAUUCAGAGUGUUCAACCUAUCGCAGGAUUCGAUAGGAAUGAAAAUGUAUGUGGAUCCUGAUGUUAUGAGGCAAAGGGAGGAGUUAUCAUUUACCGCAGAGACUUGGUCAAUUGUGCCGGGUCCUUGUUUUGGCAACUCUGAAAGUUAG